AUGAACCUGAUUGAGCUUUCACUCUGGUUUGCAUUAGUCAUUCCCUUGGGUGUUUCUGUGACCAUCGAUUGUGUGCUCCUCUUCCAUGAAAAUAAAGUUAAGCGGAUAAAGAGAGAAAUGAAGUCACUAGAAGCUCUGAUAAAGGAUUAUGAUCAACUUGUGGAGAAAGGGGACAAGGUAGAAUCACUAGCACGUCGUUUCUGGGAUUCAGAAGAUCUAUCUGGAAUUCAUUUGCUGCUAAGAGAAGCUGAGCAUAAAUGGGUAAAAUCAACAAGAGAAGUAAUCCGUGAAGCAAAAGAAUGUGUCACCAACUACAAAAAACAUAGCCAAGGAUGGGGUUGUAUGACGGCCUCCAUGAGAUUGAUACCCAUCAUAGAUGUUAUCUUUCAGAUCAAUAGAGUCAACAGUAAGAUGAUAGAUCAUAUUCAAAAGAAAGAUGAAAAGGCCAAGGACAUCUAUAAAUCCAUGGAGAGGUCAAGAUCUCAGAUUAGAAGUCUAUUGGAUCAAUAUACAAUAGAAGAGGCUGACAAAUCUGUAGCAGCUCAAAAUCCAACGAAGAAGAAGCAUUCUACAAAUAUAGACGAAUUGAUGAAGAAGGGAAAUGACCUAUUUUCUGGCAUGGAAGAGAGAUGGUCCAUAUAUAUGCUGCUUCCGCUAAGUGCUUUCGUGAAGGACUUACAUCAGCUUCAGUUAGAAACUGAAACGGAAAAGCUGUGGAAAAAAGAAGCAGAAAAAAUAAUUGCAGAGACAGAGGCCUGCAUUAGUAACUUCUCAUGGUGGGUUUCAAGAAUCAGUGUAUUAAAGAAUAGCAUUCCCAUAGUGACCUCUCAUUUCAGAGAGGACAUGAAGCGCAUUGUCACUGACUUGGAUCGCCUGCUUGAGAGGAAGGAGAAGUAUAACUUUGCUUUUAAUGAUAGAGCUGCAGAGAAGUCAACCUUCCCAUAUACGAUAGAUGACAAUGUAAUCACACCAAUCAUUAAAAGCAUCCAAAGCAAACUGCGGAAGGUGGACAAAAGCUCAGAGCAGCUAGCUGAAAUCAAUUCAAUGCUUCAUGAUUUGGAAAAAAUGAAUAAAAAGCUUCAGAAGGCAGAAGAAACAGUAGGGAGAAACGCUUGUUUAGAGAAACUAAAGUCCAUUGCUAAAGAGGUGGACAACUUUCUAGAAAGGUAUACGAUCGAGGAUGAGCUCAAUCUUCAUGAGAUCAAAAAAGCUGUUGGUCGUCUUCAUAAAAUAAUCAAAAAUUGCAGCAUCGAAAGACAGAAAUCAACCAAAGCAGUUGGUUUGACAAAUGACAUUCGAUAUCUGGUCUCGAAAUUGACCAAAAGCAGUGAUAGUCCUUCACAUUCAACACUUUCCAUUGUGGGGAUGAUAGGUGUGGGGAAGACAACUCUAGCAAAGGCAAUUUAUUAUCACAAAGCAGCCGUUGAGCACUUCCCGAUCCGUGUCUGGGUGACAGUAACUGAAGGAGCUGCCUACAAAGCACAAGUUCUGCUGAUGAAAAAGGAUGGGACUAAAGACCAGACAUUGUAUGUCACUCAGGUACGUGAUCACUUGAAAGAGAAGCUGUGCCUUGUUGUUCUAGAUAAUGUAUCAAACACAAAAGAUUUUGAUAAACUGUAUGAAAUAUUAUCUGGAUCUGGAAUGAUAAAUGGGAGCAGAAUAGUGCUGACGACACGCUUUAAGAAUGUAGCUUUACAUGCUGACACAAGUAACACCCCUCACCAAAUUCGACUGCUAACAAAGGAAGAGAGUUGGGAGUUGUUUAAGAAGGUGACAGGCACCGAGAAGACCAAAUUAGAAUCAAAAGUGGAAAAACUUGCAAGAAAUGUCGUGGGAAGAUGCGGGGGGCUACCACUUGCAAUCUCAUCUAUUGGGUGUGUCCUGCAAGCCAAAGGUAUGUCCCAAGAGAACUUAUUGUGGGUGCUUGAACGAAUCAAUCAUGGCAAUUACAAAGCACAAUGGCUUCAAGCUUGGAAAAAGAACAAACAAGAACUGAGUGAAACUAUGAGUAACUGUCUUUAUUACUUCAUACUCUUCCCUAUAGACUUUGAAAUCCCAGCACGAAGAUUAGUCAAUCUGUGGGUUGCAGAAGGGUUGGUGAAACAAAACAACCAAAAAACAGCAGAAGACAUUGCAGAGAAAUGUUUAGAAGAUUUGAGAGACUGCAACAUGAUUCAAGUUGUGGCACUAAAGUCCAAUGCCAAGAUUAAGACAUGUCACUUGCCAAGUAUGCUGAGAGAAAUCAUCUUGCAAGAUAGUAACAGAACAAGGCACCACCAGUACUCAGGUACACAUUUAGAGAGGUGUUUUGCCUAUCGUUUUGAUGAUCAUGGUCUUGAUGCAAAUUCAGCAAAUGUGUUCAGCAAGAAAGGAAUUCCUCUAUCUGUUUUCUUCUUUGACAAACGAGAGGGAAGUAAGCCAGGAGAACAUGUAGAGAAGAUACUUUCAAAAGGCAUUGCAAGUGAGCAGUUCAGGGAUAUUAGAGUUCUUGAUCUUGAACGCAUAUUCAGACCUCAGUUGCCUCGAACUUUAUGCAAGUUAAUUCAUAUCACGUAUCUUAGCUUGAGGUGGACUUAUUUGGAGGAAUUCCCACCAUUCAUUGGCAAACUGCUGAACUUGGAGACACUGGAUUUAAAGCAUACUUGUAUCCGUGUUCUCCCCAGCUCCAUUUGGAAAUUGAAGAAACUAAGGAACUUGUAUCUAAACCAAAAAUAUCGAAGUAGACUUGAGGGGAAGCUGAGAGGAAACUAUCAGGAAAAUCUCCAGACACUAUGGGGUGUGUUCAUGUACGGGGAUUGCCCUCUUCUUCAAGACCUUCACAAGCUGAAGAACCUUAAAAAUUUAAAACUAGCUUUCCAGUUGACAGAAACAGAGAAAGAAACCCUUGCCAAGAAGAUUGCACAGCUGAACCAGCUUCAUUCACUGAGACUUAGAUCAGUCAAUGAAAUUGGUAGUCCUAAAAAACUAAUAUUGUACGAUAUGUCAAAGCUGGAGAAUCUCUCAUCCCUCCAGUUGUUUGGAAAAUUAAAAGAUAAACUACAUCUGAACAGCUUCCCUAAAAAUCUUACAGAUCUCACCUUGUCAGAAUCAAAACUUUCAGAUGAUCCUAUGCCAAAGUUGCAGAGCCUAUUUAAACUAAAGUCAUUAUGCUUUUAUGCUGACUCUUACAAAGGAAGAAGCAUGGUUUGUAUCACAGACAGCUUUCCACAACUUCAAGUUCUAAGAUUCUGGAAUCUAAGGGAACUUCAAGAAUGGGAUGUGAAGGAAGGAGCAAUGCCUAGCCUCGUGGAAUUUGAAGCUCGUUCCUGCAGAAAUCUGGAGUUUCCCACUGGGUUGAAGCAUUUGAAGACUCUUUGCCUAAUUAAGUUAUAUAAAAUGUCAGAGCAAUUCAUGAAUAUCUUAAACCAUAAGAAGACAUUGUCGGAUGAUGUUGAGAUUCAUUGUUGAUGGAUACUCAAUCUGGAUAUCAACCUUUAAAAUCAGACAGGUUUGGGCUCAUUUUUGUUAUUUGGAUGUGCAACUGAACAAAGCAGACGAAAAAAUGUUGAUAGUAUUGGUGAAAUAAUGUUUCAGUUAUCCUUGUUGCUUGAUGUCCUUCCCAAGCAUUCCAAACCAUCAGGAUAAGUGAGGGCUUUUUACUUGUGACAUUAUGAAGGCUACCCAUGUACUUCUCAAACUGCUGCACUUUGAUUUCUCUGUUCUCAAAUAAUUGCAUUGUUAUUUUGGAACAAUGUUAAUUCACCUGGCUACUUCAUUAGAAACAAUUCAUGGAACAAUUUCUCUGCAUUAUUGAAUAAUUGAGGGCUUUUUAGUUGUGACAUUAUGAAGGCUCUUCAUGUACUUCUCAAACUGCUGCACUUUGAUUUCUGUGUUCUCAAAUAAUUGCUUUGUUAUUUUGGAACAUUGUUAAUUCACCCAGCUACUUCAUUAUAAACAA